AUGUCAGAAAUAAUAUGUUUUCAAAAUCUCUGGAAAGAUUUUAUAAAUGUGAUGGGAGCUGCUAUCGAUAUGUAAGCUGUACUUGAUACAGUUGGAUAAGAACAUCCAUUAUGGUUAUAAUCUAGAAAUAGAUUAAGUAUUAGACUUAAUCAAUCCAACAAUUUACAUUUAUAAAAUGAAGAUCCAUCUCUCAUUCAAGAUAUCAAAUAUCGCUAUUAUGAAAUUGUUACUAUGCAAUAAUUUGGUGAUAUAGUUUUAGGAUAUUUAAAAUUCUAUGAAAAUAAUUUAUAAAGAGUGUCCAUUAAGCUUCCUGAAGGGGAUGUAGGAGAAUGGUAGGAUUACUUUGAUAAUGAAAUCAAUUACUCGACUUAAUCGAUAAUUAAAGUUCAAAUGAAGUAGUUUUAUUAUAUAGAAAAUUUUUAGAAAACGAUAUUCUUUAAGAAGAUAAUGGAUAGAAUAAUUAUAAAGGAGUACAGCCAUAACUACGAAUUCCACUGAUAGAAAAUUAGCUCGUUCCGUUCAAAGUAUAUAUAUUCCUUUAUAAAAAUCUGAUGGAUUUUUUGGUACAUUCGAUUCUCCAUUAGUAUUAAUUUAUAAAAUAUAUUUGAUAAGUCCAUGUCUAAUCCUGUCAACGAAAAUUUAGUUUAGAGCAAACAUAGUGCUUAAAAUUCAAUAGGUGAUUCAGAACAAAUCCCAGGAGCUAAGCGUCUUUCUUAAAAUGCUCCAAAAUAAAAAAUACUUAAUCUGAGAAAACAGUCUUUAGAUGCAAGUAUUGACAGUCUUAGAGAGAGUCAUAUUUCAUAAUAGAGAAACAUGAGUAAGGCUAAGACAAAUUUUAAAACUCGAUAACAUGAAUUGAAUAUAGAACAUAUGGAAAAAAGUAUGAUAGAAAAAAAUAGAAAUUGUUGUGGCGCUGAAUGUUGUCAAUUUUGA